AUGGACCUUUACCGAGCUACAUUCGCUGGAUCGCUGCUGCUCAAUGCACUCGCAUUCUACCAGUCGCACCGCUCACGCAAGGCGGCUGUCGUAGAGACAGCGACUACAGACAAGAAGGAUGAACACGAGCAUUUAGAGCCUGACUUGGAAGGCCUAAGCAAGUUGAAGAAGCGCUUCUUUCUGAUUUAUUUGCUGGUCAACGCUGCAGACUGGCUCCAAGGACCAUAUAUCUAUCCUAUCUACAAAGAUGAAAAGGGUCUCCCAGAAGAAACAGUCGCGUUCCUGUUUCUCAUAGGCUUCAUCUCCGCCGGUAUCUCUGCGUCUUUCGUAGGCACUCUAGCAGACCGAUACGGACGUAAGACGGCAUGCUUGGGAUACUGCGCCCUCUACUCCCUAUCAUGCGCCACGCUCUUGUCCGACAACAUCUACGUUCUCUUCUUUGGUCGCAUCCUCGGUGGUGUAUGCGCAACUGUUCUUUGGAGCGUCUUCGAAAGUUGGAUGGUGGCUGAGUUCAAUCAGCUCAUGCUUCCGGACGGCGAACCCCAUCUGAGUGCGAUAUUCAGCACGAUGACUACUUCAAACACAUGUGUGGCUAUCGGUGCGGGUGUCUUCGCAGAGUGGGCGGUUAGGAUGACAGGCACGGCAAAGACACCCUUCAUGGCUUCUAUUGGCUGCUUGAGUCUGUCUUUCCUCGCUAUCUCAAAGUACUGGGGGGAGAAUUAUGGGACGAGCAGCCGCAGAGCUUCAGAAACUGAAGGGCUGCUCCAGCAAGAGGAAGCUACCCCAGCUCCGCCAGCCACGUCUGCUCUCCGAACGAUUUUGCGCGAUCGCAACAUCAUGAUGCUUGCAUUGGUAUCGGGCUUCUUCGAGGGGUCUCUUUUUCUGUUCAUCUUCUUCAAAUUCCCAGCGUUGAAGCUCAGCCAUAAACUGGCGGGCUCAACUGACGAACUUCCGUUUGGUCUCAUUUUCGCCAUCUUGAUGUGUUCUAUGAUGUUUGGUUCUCUCCUUUACAAACACCUCUCCACAUCCGCAACACCUGUGUCAGCGCAAAAAAUGCUUACAGGCAUCCUCGCAGUUUCAUCCGCGUGCUUCUUUGUUCCUGGCCACUUCCGCGAUGAGCGCCUCACAUUGUGGUGCUUUUGCAUUUUUGAGUUGUGCUGCGGAGUUUACUAUCCUGCAAUGGGCUCGCUGAAGAGCAAGCUCGUUGAGGAUGGUUCGAGAGCCAGCAUUUAUGGCAUUCUUCGAAUUCCGCUGAAUGUUUUUGUUGUGCUUGCUCUAAGCACUACGAAAGAAGGCGAGGCGCAUCGCGAUACGGAGAGCGUCGAGACAAAGACACGGCCGAAACAAGACUUGAUGAUGAUCAACGGCCCACAUGUGCCCCGCCGCUUCAUCGUUAUACAUCACGGUCUUUCCUCGACUCGACUCAACUCUCCCACUAUCUACAACGUCACUCUUUCACCCGCCACGAUGUUUCGGUCUUUCGGUGCCCGUAUAUUCGCAGGAGUAUUCGUGGUCGUUUUCCUCAUCGUCAUUUUCCACAACGAAGAAUCCGCUGGCACGGCUCUACUUCCUUAUCUCCCUGUCCUCCCAUCAACAGGCUCUUCACAAUCAUCCUCGAUACUUCAAGCAUGGAUAAAAGACCGAUCUGCGCUGUCAGAAAAGUCGUGGAAGAAGAGCGUUGAACUCCGCGAUCAGAUGGCGAAGCAGCAUCCGGACAACCCGAAGAUUCCAUUCUUCCCAAUGGACUUCUUAAAAUACCCAUUCACAAUCUGGGACUUCUUCCCAGCGACAUGGACAUGCCCCCAUGACAUCCAACGUGUUGGCCGACUCGGUGACGGAGGAAAGUGGGUCUGCGGAAUGAAUGUCUACGAGAGUCUUCCUGCCCCCAAGUCCGCGUCUGCGACCAUCGGAUCACAGGAGCCCCUAUCGAGCGCACAAGACGGUCUCGUCAUGUAUAGCUUCGGUAUCAACGGUGAAUCCUCUUUCGAAGCCGAAAUGCUCGAACGUAUUCCUAGCGCCCGUAUCUGGGGCUACGACUUCUCGGUCGAUGCCUGGGGCCCGCAAAUCGCAGAGAAGCAUCGCCAUCGAACAUUCUUCAAGAAGGUCGGCCUAGGCAAGGAGGACAAGCAUGACUCGGAGCCGCCAUUCUGGACUCUACCUAGUUUGAUGAAGCAGAAUAACCACACCUACAUCGAUAUUCUGAAAAUCGAUAUCGAAGGCAGUGAAUACGACGCUUUAGACACAAUGAUGAACGCUUUCGACAACAUGAAAACAGCAUCUGGAAAGUCCGUCCUGCCUAUUGGUCAGGUUAUGAUCGAACUCCACCUUGGCGACGGAAUCAACACCGAAAACGCGAACGCCGGCGGUAACGUAGACUUUGGGCGGUUUAGAGCUUGGUGGGAGAGGCUGGAACGCAUGGGCAUGCGACCCGUGUGGAUGGAGAUCAAUCUCUUUGCCGUCACUUUGGGAAAGAGCAAGGCGAACCCAAGGUGUACGGAGUAUGUUUGGGUCAACGCUAAGGACCAGAGAAGUCGUUCAAUGUUACGCCCCCUCUAUCCAUCUCAUGGAGCUGCACUUGACCAAGCAUCCGUUCCGCAACCAUUCAACAAGACUGAAAAAGACACAAAUCAUCGAUCAAACAACGAUCCGCUCCUUGUGGGGUUUCCAAGGUCGGUAAGCCUUCUCUCAAACCUACUACCGACGCCUCACAUCCUGCGCCUUGCCCGGGCAACUAGCGUUUCGGCCGCCGAACACCGUCCGCGUUACACAAACAGCCUCGCAAUCUACAUCAGUGUCCAGGCGUUUUGUCCAGAUGCUUUGCUGCCGACCUUGUAG